UUUUAACAUUUUGUGAUUAUGUAAUUCGAUUGUUAUCUCAGUUCUAAUAGGCCUGGCUGAAUGCUUUAUGACAGCAUUCUGAGAUAUUCGGGGAGAUUUACAGUCACUCCUGUAAAGGUAAACAUACUUUAACUGUCAGGUUGGCCGUUGUUUAAUUUAAAACUGCACCUUUGUUGGCUUCUGGCAGCAGUCGCUUCCGCGCAGAUCGACUGCGUCCACGGAGCCCUGUAUCUGCGAAAUAAUCUCCCAGAAUGCUGCCAUUCGGUCAGCUUUCCAAAGCUGUUGCAUCAGUGCACUGCCUUUGUAGGCUGCCAUGGGCAAAGUGUGGGUUGGGGGAGGGGGUGCCACAGUGAUGAGUAAGGGGGCGCUAAGCCCCCCACAAUGGUGUGGCCUAAAGCCCUCUUUCAGCCAGGCACUGCUGAGUGUGCAGGGCUUGUGCAACUGCCUCACUGAAGUGACGAGGGAAGGGGGGGACCUCUAUAAAUGCACAAGAGAGACUGUGAUCCCUGACGGUGGUUCUACUGGAUCUGUCCCCCUUUGGUCCGGGGAGAGGCUGCAGCCAUGAACACCCAACCGAUGCAGAUGGAGCAGAUGGGGCAGUUUAGGAUCACAGUUUGGGAGGAGGAGAACUUCCAGGGCAAACACUGCGAGUUCAUGCAGGAGUGUCACAACAUCAUGGAGAGGGACUUCCGCAAGAUCCGCUCCAUAAAGGUGGAGGACGGCAUCUUCGUCGGGUACGAGUAUCCCGAGUUCCAGGGUCAGCAGUUCAUCCUGGAGAAGGGAGACUAUCCUCGCUGGGAGGCAUGGAGCGGAAACUCCGGCUACAGAACGGAACACCUGCUCUCGUUCCGGCCAAUCAAAUGCGCUAAACACACUGACAGUAAGGUGACCUUGUAUGAGUGCAAGGACCUGACAGGACGCAGGUUUGAGCUCUGUAAUGACUACCCCUCCCUGCAGGCCAUGGGCUGGUGCAGCAAAGAGGUUGCAUCUAUGAAGGUCAACUCUGGAGCCUGGGUGGCCUACCAGUUCCCUGGUUACCGUGGAUACCAAUACAUCCUUGAGAGGGACAGGCAUGAAGGAGAAUACAGAAACUACAACGCAUACGGCACCCAAGCCCACAGCCACCAGGUUCAAUCAAUCCGCAGGAUUCAGCAAUAG